UUUAAAUGCGAAAAACUACUACUUCAUAUCACGUCACACGUACUUCCGGAGGUGGUCACUGUUCUCUCUUGUAAACAAACCUGGAAUUAUCAUUUUAGAUCCAAGAUGAUACACAGUCUUUUUGUCAUAAAUAACACCGGGGAUGUGUUUAUGGAAAAACACUGGAAAAGUGUUGUCAAUAAGUCGAUAUGUGAUUAUUUCUUUGAGGCUCAAAGCAAGGCGUCUAACCCCGAGGAUGUGCCACCUGUCAUCUCAACACCACAUCAUUACCUAAUCAACAUUUACCGUGGUAGUUUAUUUUUUGUUGCAGUGGUUACCACAGAAGUGUCUCCUUUAUUUGUAGUCGAGUUUCUUCACAGAAUCUGUGAAACAUUUGAAGAUUACUUUAGUGAAUGUACAGAGUCCACUCUCAAGGAGAACUAUGUGAUAGUUUAUGAGUUGUUAGAUGAAAUGUUAGACAAUGGGUUCCCACUGGCCGUGGAAUCCAAUGUUCUGAAAGAGCUUAUCAGGCCGCCCAACUUCCUCAGGACCAUAACAGACACAGUAACUGGCAAAUCAUCAGGUGUGAGUGCCACACUUCCAACUGGCCAACUCUCCAACAUUCCCUGGCGCAGAACUGGGGUCAAGUACACCAACAAUGAGGCUUACUUUGAUGUGAUUGAGGAGAUUGAUGCCAUCAUUGACAAGUCUGGUUCCACUGUUAUAGCAGAAAUACAGGGCUAUAUUGAUUGUCUGAUCAAGUUGAGUGGCAUGCCAGACCUGACUUUGUCAUUUGUCAACCCUCGGCUGCUUGAUGAUGUUAGCUUCCACCCAUGUGUUAGGUUCAAGAGAUGGGAGUCUGAGAAAAUUUUAUCCUUUGUUCCUCCUGACGGUCACUUCAGAAUGAUGUCCUACCACAUUGGUUCAAACAACACUGUCGCCAUUCCAAUAUAUCUCCGCCACAAUAUCUACUACAAAGAAGGCAGCGGUGGCAGGUUUGAUGUGACAGUUGGACCAAAACAGACCAGCGGAAAGACAAUAGAGAAUGUGGUCCUAGAAGUGCCAUUUCCAAAGACAGUAUUGAAUGUCACUUUGACAGCCACACAGGGCAAGAACUCCUUUGACCCAGUCUCAAAGCUCAUGACCUGGGAUGUUGGCAAGAUUGAUCCGGGCAAGUUACCCAACAUUAAAGGCAAUAUUACAUUACAGACAGGUGUACCCAUUCCUGAGGCUAACCCUACAAUCACAGUGAUGUUCACUAUCAAUACCUUUGCUGUGUCUGGACUCAAAGUCAAUAGACUAGACAUGUAUGGAGAGGAAUUUACCAAUACCUGGAAAUACAAACCAUUCAAGGGAGUGAAGUACAUCACACGUGCUGGCAAGUUUCAAGUCAGAACUUGAGUUAAUGCUCUUUGCCUAGUAUUCAUAAUCAUUGUUUUCACUUAAUAAGAAACUUUAUAUUUUUUCUCUACGAGAAUCCUAACCAGAAAUAACUGGCACACUAGCUCCACACAAAGACCAUUGAUCACUUGUAAGGUGUAUUUUUUUAAAAUUUAAAUACAAGAAUUUUUGUUCACUAAAACUUAUGUUGCAGUUUCAUUAGGAUUACUUCAUAAUUCACCUAUAGGACUGUUAGUGUUAGGGAGUCUGUUCUGUAUUGAUAUCAUGUACAUAUAUGUAGGUGUUUACAAAAAACGUAUUUAAGAAAAAUAGUAUUGAAUAGGACAAUAUUUAUUUAGUCUGAAACUUAACUUUAUAUGAGAUUAACAGCUGCCAUUUUGAUCUUGAAAGCUGCUUAGUUUGUCUAGACACAAAGUAAGUUUGAACAGGUUAAAUUUCUCUUUUUUUUUCAUCUAGCCCAAGUGGGAGAAUUAGAGAUGUCGGCUAUACUUUUGUUUAUAUAAGAUUGUAACUGUUGAAUUGCACUACGUUGAUUGAUAGAUAAAAUAUACAUUGUAGAUAAUGUAGAAGAUCAAAGUUUUAAUGUUAUUGAAGACAAAAUGUGAGCUGUACAUUUCUGUACUUUCUAUUGUGUUAGUGUUGUAAGUAAUUUAUAUAUGCCAUGGAUGCUUUGACUAUACACUCCUUCUGGGCAUCGGCACAUAGACUAAGUCCCAGAAAUGCUAUUUUAUUUGGGUGCUAGAGGUCCUCUACAAUAUUAAGCAGACACUGCAGUGGGAUGCAUGACUACCAAAAAAUAUUGAGAAUCGAUUUAGAACUCUUCAGUUUAUAUUAAAAAAAAAAUAAAUAGUUUUUUGUUUUUUUUUUAUUAUAAAAGGCAUUGUUUUUUAUUCCAAAAAUAUAUUAUGAGUGUUGCAUUUUACAUGACUUCUCAAACGCAAUGUGUGACCUACAUAUUUUGUCACAUCUGAUACAGACCAAACUAGGGCUUUAUUCAAGUUUUCUUUUUGACGUCUGUCCCUGUCUUUGGCAUUUCUUUUAGAUCUCAACAGUGUGUCUUAUGACCACCAGUUCUAGAACUAAAUUACUUUUUUCAUACUUUUAUCUUUCAGAUAUCUUAAAUAAUCACGUCAUGUAAUUUCAGAUUUUAAUUGUUCAUUUCCCCAACACCUUUUUCAGUACACCCCCCAGCUCUCUUAGAGUUUGAACUUGAAUUUUCUUUAUCCAAUCCAUCUAGCAGUAAGAAGCCAAACCAAGAAAUACUAGUUGUUCAGGUUUUAACUAAUAGAAAAUGAGUCUUGCAUGAUGCAUAAAGUAGCAAACUGGGUUUGCGUAGUCAUGUGAAACCAUGAACUCAUCAUUCAUCUUCAGAAAUGAGGACAUUGCUAUUAUAAAUAGCAAACCUGGAUCAAUACAAAAAUAGACUACCUGCAUAAAUACAAAAAUAUAUAUGAGGCUUGUCUUGAGUCUGAAGAUUUAUGAAGAGCGCAAUAUUUCAUGUGGGUUUGCUGCCCCAGCUGUGACCUACAUAUUUUGCCACAACCAGUGCAGACAUAACCAUUGUCAAUUUAGAUUCUCCUUUUGCUGUCUGUCCUAGGCAUUGUUUUUUUGUCCAAAUGUGUAUCCGGCAGCCGUUCUAAAAUUAAUCUCCAGCAAACCUGGAUACAUAGUCUAUGAUAAACCUCAACCUAGCUUUUAGGUGUAGGGAUUGCUGAUGUGUAAUAUAAGCUUUUCUGCACUGAAGAGUCAAAUUUCUAAAUUCUUCAGCACAAAGUGAUUUGUAUUAUUUACCUGGCAGCAGUCAUCUUUCAAUAGAGUGUCCUUGACAUUGUUUAUUUUGUCCAUUUUUUAUUUUUCAAAUCUCUCCCAAUCUUUUUCUUUUCAUCAUGUAACAUUUUUCUUUAGGUUCAGAAAGUUUGUUUGUUUUAAAUAUGUUGGAAGCUCCUUUAGAAUUGAAGAUUAUUGCAUCUUAGCCCAAAUUUCCCGCAAGAUAGUGGGGCGACGCAGCAGUCAAGGUUCCAACCUGGGACCAUCUAGAUGACAGCCCAGGAGCAUACCACAUGACCAGGCAGCCAUCCAUUAUUUUAAUCCCACAUUCCUCUAUUGCUUUCUUUCCUUUUGUUCUCUUACUCUGGUUUAUUAUUGUAAAAGAUGUCUUUAUCUUCAAAAACAAACUAAAUUGAAACAAAAUGCAGAUUUCUGUGGUUAAAGUAAUUUGGAAAACGCCAUGAUAUAUAUAACUAGUUAAUGUACAUUGACUGACAUUCUGAAUAGGUUGGUUUUGUGAGACGUUGUGGUAUAGCCAUUAAUCUGGCUCAGUUUCCACUCAGUUGUUUUAUUUUUUGGAAUAUAUGUGUCAGUGAUGUAAAUGUUUUUUUAUGUUAAGUAAAAUAAUGUAUUGCACAUUAUUUGUUGAUUUAGUAUUGUGAUUCAGUAUUGAAUAGAUCUAUAAGAUAUGACAGUGUGGGAUUCUAUUAUUGUAUAAUUCUAAUUAGUACUGGCUCCCUCAAGCUUUAUCUGCAUUAUUUAAAGAAAACAAAAAGCUUUGUAAAAUAGUCCUUUAAUAAAAGCUCACACUAUUGUGUGCUAGGAAUGUAAUUUUAUUUUCUGACUUUAUUGCUUGAAUGAUGCUGAAUCUGUUUUGAUAUUUAACAAUAUUUUACUUUAUGGAAAAAAAAUCAAUUUCUCUUGUCAUUAUUUUGAACUUCAGUUGUUUAAUUUUUUUUUAAGUCAAACACUUUUUUUUUUUAUUUAAAUUACUUUAUUUUGCUCAGUCUAAAAAUGUUAAGUUCUAAAUCGAUGGCUGUACAGAUUUCAGGUGAUUAUAUUUUUAAAAUGCAUUAGUUAAUGAAAUGUACAAGACUUAUCUGUUGAAAUGUUUGUAAUCUGUUUUUUAGUCAGGCCGUUCAGGCAUGUUUUGACUUAAUAUUCCCAGUAGUGCAUUUGUUUCUACCAACAAAUACAAUUGUUACCUUCUAAUUUUGUUGAGCUUGAUAGAGUGUUAAAUUUAGAUUUCUGGGACUCUAAUUAUCUAAUUAAGAAAUUUUGUUUGUUCAGCAAUUAGCAGGUCUCUUUAUGUGAUAUGGAAAGCAAACAGAUGUCAUAAAUUUUGAUGUAAAUAAAUAAAUAAAAUUUUGUUUAACA